AUGUCCUUUUCACUGACACCUAAGGAGCAGAACCGGGUGGAAAUCGCAAGGUUGCUUGGCUACCAUUUGGACCCGAUCGGAAAGAAUGAGCUCGCGCUGCUCGUCGUGUUUGCAUCCAUCUACGCCAUCGACCUGCUGGCCGUGGUGUUUCUGAUAUGGAACCGCAGCUAUCCGCCAUUAAAGUCAAAGAGCCCAAUGAUCAUGGUCGGAGUAUACAUAUCGUUUGUGCUGUGGUUUAUUGGCGACCUGCAGGCCAAUGGAAUCGUCCAUUUGAGUGGCACUGCACUGACAAACUGCAAGGCGUUCGGUGUGUGGGUGCGCGUGUUGCUCGGUGUCUGCACUGUGAGCUCGCUGAUUGCCCUGCGCUCAUACGGGUUGUACCGUGUGUUCCGGCUCAACCAGCCAUUCAAUGGGUUUGGCUUGUACCUGCCAUUCAUCAUUUUCUGCGGCCUUCUCCUUAUCUACGGCAUCAUCUCACAGGUGCUGUCGCAGAAGGUCACGAUCCAGUACGUAGACAUGCUGGAUGUGUGUGUAUAUACGAGUGGAUACAAGGCGUCCCUGUUUGCGUUCAUCUGGGUUGCGUGGGUGGUUGUGGCUGUCAUCAAUUGGAAGAUCCGUCGGAUCAAGAGCUCCUUCAACGAGAGCCGUGAGAUGGCAUUCUGCUGCCUGGUAGUGUUUGCUGUCCUCAUCUUCACUACCACCAUGCACUACACGCACCCAACCUACCCGUUUAAUGGUAAGCUGCGGCUAGUUACCACGGGUCUGGAUCAUAUUGCAUGCAAUUUGGUUUGGUGGACCAUCAUGUUCACACCCAUGUUCAACUGCAUAUUCCGCCGCAAGCAGUACCUGCGCCAUUGGACCAAGAAGUUGCGUGACGACGGUCUGCAGCGCCAGUAUGACGUUGUAUCAAACACUACCAGUACAAGCAUCCUUCACUCGACCGCACCCUUCAGCAGCCAUGCCUACAACCCGCACGACUCAUCAUACAUGUACUCGAACUCGCGCAAUGUCGAUUUUUACUACGGCGAUGAGUUGAAGCGCAACCACGGUAAGGGCAGCAGACAGAACCGCCCCGACAGCGCUAUUGACCCCAUCAAGUACGGCAACCACUCGGACGUAAGCCUAGACAGCAGGCGCAUGUCAACACACAAAUUUAUGCCCACACCCGACCCCUUCAACAUCCAGCCUGUGUCGCCGGCUACUGCCACGACACUGACGAGCGGCGACGACCCGUUCAGCAUCCCAGCCGAUACUAGUGCUGAGAAAAAUAAUAGCGGCGUGCGCAGGACGCUACGCCGCAAGGGACGGCAGUCCGAGAACGCCUUGCAGAACCCAUUGGUGAUUCCGCCACACAACGCCCCGCACAUGGCUCCGAGCUCGAGUCGUUCGCCACUGGGUCCGGUUUUAAGCCGCUCGCCGCUACAUUCACCGAUCACAUAUCCUGAGCCUGUCCACGCCGCCUUGACGUGGAGCCAUGAUGAUGCCUCAGAUGGCUUGAAUUACCAUUUGCCCGGAGACCGCCAUCUUCUCUAA